UACAAGCACAUGGCCGUCCGGUCAUGCGGAGUUUGUUUCAUUCGACCUUUUAUUAACUACUAGCAGACCGUGCUACUAGUUACAACUGCCACUGCACUGGCGAAAGGUACCGUAUCGUGCCCCGACUAUCGAACUGUGCCAGCGUGAAUUGUUACCUUUGGACACGAUGGACGACAAAAAGGAUGACCAAGAUUUCCACAUACGAGAACCUGUGAUGUUCAUGGGCCGCAACAUCAACGACAUUCCGUGUUUCAAAACGGUCUUCCAGACGGGCGUUAUUUCUGGACUUACCCUUGGUCUUGGAACCUUUAUGUUCACAAGUCGAGUGAAGAGAGCCACCGACAUUGGAUUUUAUUCAUUUGUUGGGAUCACCUUCUUUUACUGGUGCUACUGUCGCUAUCAGUUUUCUAAGGAUAGGUUUAAAUAUCAGCAGGUACAAUAUGCAAUGAGGUACGGCACUCAACUAGAAGGAACAAACAAAAAGCUAGAUGAUGUAGUAGGUGAAGAUGCAUGAUACAGCAAGGAAAUGUAGAUAUAUUAUAUGUACAGAAAUGUUGUACUAAAUUGUGUUCGAAACAUCA